CAAUUAGGUUUAACACUCCACUCGGUGGCUGAAUCCCACCUCUGAAGCUCUCCAGCUUAAUCCGCGGGAAGAACAUCGCUCCUUCCAAACUCACCGACAAAAAAAUAAUCGAGUAUUUCACAGGCUUGAUCGGCGUGGCAGUGAAAGGUCCAGAGAACAUCACUCCUUCGAAACUCGCCGGCGGAAUCCCAACUCAGAGGGUCGCCGACUUAAGCUCAGGUCCCAAUCCCUCCCUCUCUCUCGCUGUUAAAGAAGAAGAAGAAGAAGAAGAAGAAGAAGAAGAAGAAGAAGAAGAAGAAGAAGAAGAAGAAGAAGAAGAAGAAGAAGAAGAAGAAGAAGAAGGAGAAGAAGAAGGAGAAGAAGGGAAUCGUUGGAGUAGAGGAAGAAAAAGUGGGCAAAACAGGUGAUUUUGUAGUCGUAGGAGAGAAUGCCGAAAAAGGGCAGAAACAACCAAGGAAGCUUUGCAAUAGAGAAGCCUGACAUGUCAAUGUUCUCUAAUGAGGCUGAACCAAUGAGGUUGCACAUUAAUCUCAUCAACAUGACAUCAGGCCAUCUCAAGUGGUGGUCUGUUUAUUAUUUAAUGUCGUCAUUUUUGGACAUGAACUAUUUAGACUUACCAUUUUCUGAUUCUUCAAGUUUUUGUGCAGUUCUUAGAGAAAUUGCAGUAGAGACACAAACCCCACAACUCUUAGACGUGCCAAAUUCUUGGUUUCUCUAUAUCCACUAUUUCGUUAAUCGCCAUUUCUGUUGCCUCUCUACUUUGCUCAUUGUUAUGUCUUAUAGUCCAAUCACCACAAUAUUGCACGUUGAAUUUCACUGCUUUUGUACUCUUAAUUACAUCCUUUUUUAAAUGUGAAUAAGGUCAUUUCUAUUGCAUGG